CGGGUACUUGACGGUGUGGGGUCUCCUCUCCCACUCUGCGGCUGCUGGUCGCUGUCAUCAUGCAGGUGGAAUCUGCGCAGUCUGGCUCAGUGUCGGGAUUUCCAACAAGACACAUCAGCCUCAGACACAGGACACCGGAGUCCGGAUCAGUCUGCAGGCUGUUCCCCGCUGCAGAGGAGCCAGUCAACAAGCCACUGGAAAUAAACACCUAAUUGAAUCUUUUUUCUUUUUUCUUUUUUUUCUGCUUUCACUUGAUGAUCAUCAGUUUAGAUACAGGGGCUGCAUCAAUUUGACACCAGAUGAUGACAGAGUUAAACCAAUAGUCUAAUCAAGGAUUUCUCUCGGCAUCAUUGUGCUGGAUUAACCACACGUUGCUCAACUGUUUUUCUCUCCUGGCGCAGUCCAACUCAGCAGGAGUCGCAUAGGAUGCCAUACAAUCCUAUAGGAAGUGACUCCAGCAGCUUGACAGGCAACAGUCUCAAAGAAAGCAGAAGGACGGAAUAACUGUCCUGCGGAUCUUAUUCGGUUUAAACGCGCAAAAAAAAAACAAAAAAAAAAACAGCGAUGGAUGAAGGAUCCGUCAGCGAGACCAUCCCAGAUCUGAAAGACAUAGAGGUGAAAAUCGGCCGAAAGACUCCCGAGGGUUUGCUCAGGUGGAUGCGGGAGGAGGCGUCCUCUCUCCGGGGAGACGCCAAGCUGGUCGCCGCCGCGCACGACACCAGUAAGGAGACGGGGAGGAAGAGUUUGGAUGAAAAGAUCAGGAAAUUGAAGAUGGAGAUGGCUCACUUGCGCUCGGUGGACGUGAAGAUCCUGCAGCAGCUGCUGGCGGUCCACGAGGGCAUCGAGGCAGUGAAAUGGCUGCUGGAGGAGCGCAGCACGCUGACCAGCCGCUGCAGCAGCCUGACCAGCAGCCAGUACAGCCUGGGCGAGGGCCCCGACACCUCCUGGAGGGGCUCCUGGAGCAGCCUGCAGGACCCCAAUGACAAGCUGGACAACAUCUCCAUCGGCAGCUACCUGGACACCCUGGCGGACGACAUGGACGAGUACUGUCCCUCCAGCUCGGAGUCCGUCAUCUGCUCCACCACGCCGCUGGUCUCGGAGGCCACUGCUGGGAGCCGCACGGCCACGGUCUCAGCAGCUGGGACAGGACCCUCCGUUGGGGUGAGGUCUGGUACAGGAAAUGGGAUUCGAGCUGUAGUAAAUGAGAAUGGAAUCGGGGUUGGAAAUGGGACAGAGGUGAGAGGUGGACCAGUGAACAGGGUUAGCAGUGCUGUCAUUGGGACUGAGACCGGCGGAGCUGGGACACCAGCGCUUCCCGUCAGCUCUCCCCAAGCCAAGUCUGAGGGCCCCAAGCAAGACCCUGCCAUCUGGACCAAGGCUCCAGAGACAGAUAAGGGAAGCCCAGUUUUUAAGGACAGCACCAAGACGCAAGCCAUUAAGGCUAAUGGUGUCCUAGAGAAACCAACCACACAAACGGGCAGCCCAACUCGCUCGAACCUCAGCGAGAAACUGGGCACCAACCAGAGCCCCAAGCUCAAACCUUACAAAAACGGAAAGAUCGACUUGGAUACAUGCAAAAUGAACGGUAAAAUGCAUCUGGAGUAUGACGCUCACUGGCGCUGGGUGCAGUCGCAAGAAGAUGUGACGUUUUUGUAAGAAGGAUAAUCACAGAGGGGACUAAAGCCACUAUUGAACACUCCCUCUGCAGCGUCGAAGACCAGAUCACUGAAGGUUAGAAGAAGAGCGAACUGCUGUUGUCAAAUGCACAUAGUGAAGCUUUCGUUGGUGAAAGACACUGGCUUUGAAAGACAAUGACGUGUUUGUUGUGUUGUUCCCUCCUGUGACUGCACUAACUUUCUAUAAAACAUUGAUGUCAGUAUUAAGGUGGAUGCACAUGACGGGAUUUUGACCACAUUUAGCCGAACAGGGCUGCCUCACACAAACGUAGGAAAAUCUGUUUUAAAAUCCUGUGUCAUAGUUUUUCUCAGGGUCUUUUUAGCAUUCCCUGAUUUUAUUUUAUUUUAUUUUAUUUUAUUUUAUUUUAUUUUAUUUUAUUUUAUUUCCCUUAGAAUAAAGCACAGUGAGAUGAUCUGCCAGAGAGCUGAAACAUGAUUUCAGAUAGUUUGGCAUGUACUUUAUCAACCAAUGAAAAUUUAAACUUUGACUUGACUUUAACUUUGAAUUGACUUUCUUAGACUAUCUAGAAAAUUACUCUGAGGUUCUACAAAAAGGAAUGCUUUGGGACUCAGUUACUUACUCUAUAUACCCUAUUGAACUCUUUCUGGAUCCUCUAUGCCAGUAAUUCUCAACCUUUUUUGUUGUUUCCACCCCUUAAAAUGAAACACUUGCACACUCUUAUUACAGGUUGUGGCCUUAUUGUGUGUAGUUUCACCAGAUAGUGAAAUUUGCUUCUUGGAUUGUUUAAUUCAAAGGGACUGGAAGAAGUAAGAAUAUUUCACAGGAAAAAGAAGCAAAACAAAAUAAACAACCAAAAGUGAGUUGAGCAGGGAAUUUAUUUUAAUCCUCAGAUUUAUACUUGGCACCCUUUCGAGAGGUCCUGACCCAGAGGUUGUGAAUGACUGCCAAACUCCACAAUCAACAGCACUGAUGAAGCCUAAUGUACUGCAUUUAUGGUGAUAUUGAUAGUAUUAAACCAAAUCCACCUUAAUCAGCCUCCCAUUACAGUCCCAAAUACAAUUUAUUGUAAAGCCCCUUAUUCGUGAACAGUGCAACUAAACCCUUCUGGCAUCAGACAGCAUUACUUGAUAAAGUAUUAACAAAAAAAAAAAAGUGAAAAAAUAAGUAUUUAACAAAUGGUAUUUUGAAAUUUGUGAGCGUGUUUCUCUGCAAACACUUCCCUGAUCAGCAAUAGAUGCUACGAAUGACAUAGAAGCACUGAGGUCAUUGAAAUAAUGUACUGCUGUUAGCAUUUGUGUCUUUGUGGAGCUAAUAUCUUCACUGCUUAACCAACCAUUUGCAAUAUUGUAUAUUUGCUGAAUCGCAGUACAGCUGCUCUGUGCAUCAGGUAUUAAUUGUGACUGGUUGUAGGCAGUUUUUUCUGAAUAUGGCUGAAUAUUUUUCUUCUCAGUUCUGGUAAACCUGUAUUAGUUUUCUUUUUUUUCUUUUUUUUUUUAAGCAGAUGUCGUGCCUGAUUGGUGUAAACCUAAACUACAUAUGCCUGUAUUUUCCCCUGAUGAGAUGACUGCACUGUUGUUCUGAUAAUCUGAGUGUUUUGACUGAUUUUAUCUUUUUUAUUUUUUUUGCCUCCUCCUUGGCCUUUGCUUGCGUGUACAAACGUCUAGACCAAUAGUCUGUGUGCUCUCGAGUAUCGCCUGGUAAACGUGUUAUGUUGGCCGGGCGGGUAUUGCAUGCGUUUGUGCUGAAAGCUUUAUUGGUUGAUUUGUGGGAAAUGCGUGGAAGGCCGAACACAAUCAGAGAAGAAAAGCAAUAUUUCUCAAAAGCCUGUCUGCCGGCUUACAUAAGCAGCCUCCUCUCAGCAAAUGAAAUCUAAUAAUAAUGUCUGCUCUUCAAUAGACGACAACACUACUGACGAGGAAAUGGUGUGUGUCUGUGUCUGUGUGUGUGUGUGAGUGUGUGUGUGAGAGACAGAUGCUGACUGCCUUCCUGAGCACAGCUGGCCUGUCAGGUUUGAAUAAGAAUAGACGAGUCCCAAAGGUUUUCAAACAUUUUUGGCUCAUUCAUCACAGCGUUACUACACCUCCAAGCAGCCUGCAGUUAGUCAUGUUAAUGGUGCGGGGAUAGUGCAACACAUCUGGUAAACCGAGGGGAACAUAUUACAUAAUCUGGACUGUUUAUACUUCAGUAUAAAUUGUCAAAAAAAAAAAAAAAGAAGCUCCUGCUAAAAGGUAAAUAUGACCCUAAUGAGCUCAUUCUCUGUCAGUGCUGGGAAUUGUUUCAAACUUAUGAGAGUUUUAAUAGUGCUGCCAAAAAUAAAAGUGGUAUUUGACACAUUUCAGUUAAGUAUAAUCAGUCCAGGUCUAUUUGCAUCCUUAGACUUUCAUCAACUUGAUGCAUUGCAACAAAACAACUUAGUAAAUUCAUAGCUGAACCACCCAACUGAUGCAUUUUUAAUGCUGUUGCAACACUGGUGAAGUUCUCUGUUCUCGCAUGUACAGUUUGCAGUGACAACAAUGGCAGUUUGGCAAAUCUUACUAACUUUCGGGUCCAUGUUUUUAAGCAGAAGUAGACAAGUUGUGGCUUAUCGUGUCCUUAAGGCUUUACAUUUUCCUUCUCCUUCCCAUCCAACUGUUGAUUUUUGCCUUUCUGAAAUAAAAACUACCACAGCUGUUGAUUUAA